AUGAAAUCGGAUGAAAUGAGAAAAGAAAUCAAAGUGGCAAACGACGAGGAUAAAGUGAACUUCAAUCAUUCUCCGUCGCCCAUAACGAGAAUAUCUGAAACUGAAAUUAGUGACGAGACUUUAAAUCACACAAAUAAUAACAAUAGCAAUAACAAUAAAAUGCCAGCAGCGUCAAGUCCACCGGCACUUCCAUCGUGGGCUCCAAUUUUAUUUCCGCCUUGGAAUUCCACGAUAAUUCCGGCAUUUUAUCCCGCGGCACUUCGAUCGUUACCAAAUUUCCUUGAAAGCAUGAAGUUGCCGACAUCAACGAAGCCGACUUCUGGCUUCCACAUUUGUGAUAUUCUUGAACUAAACAAAGACAAACGAGAGAAGAAAGUCGACGAUGAAAAUUGUGAUGAAGGAAUUGAAAUGAAGAAAGAAAAUUUGAGCAAUCAAAGUGAAGAACAUGAAAGGGACGAGAAUUGUGUGAAGAGAAAGCACAGCCCGUCGCCAUCUAGUCUGACAACAAGAGAAUCGCAAUCACCGCAAGAAAUCAAAGAUGGGAAGAAAUCAAAGAAACAUUUGAGACAUGAAGAAGACCACCGAACGACUUAUGAAGCCACUUCAGGUCAUCAACUUCUCAACGAAACUCUCCAUCAAUAUCCGCAUUUAUUCCACAACCAUCCGGCAAUGCGUCCGUGGUUCAAUUCCAAUGCACAAACGUUUGAACUUGAACGACGAUUCCGCCAACAACGAUACUUAUCAGCACCUGAACGUGAACAUCUCGCAUCGUUGAUUCGAUUGACGCCAACCCAAGUGAAGAUUUGGUUUCAAAAUCAUCGAUACAAAACGAAAAGAGCGGCACACGAGAAGGGCAUGGAUCAUCAUCAUCAACAACAUCAUCAAAAUAUGAACGCAGCGAAUCUUCAUUCACCGCGUCGAGUCGCUGUACCUGUGUUAGUAAGAAAUGGAAGACCAUGCUUGGUGGGCUCAAAUGUUGUUUCAUCAGCUACCAACUUACACCAUCCCGGCUUUACAGCUAUCACUUCACAAGCAGGAUUUCCGCUUCUUCACAUCAAUUCCUAUUAUUAA